CUCACAUAGUACCCUCUCUCAGCUGGGAUCAUUUUUAAACAGCGUAUACACGUUUUUCACUAAAAGUUUCGGCAUGAAAUCUCCACGUUGGGAGAUAUUUACCAUCACACUUUCUUUAUUUCUAAUUAAUUCAACCCCCACAUUUUCCCAUGGGUUUAAAAAGAAUUCGAAAAUCAUCGAAAUUAUGAAAGGCUCCUUGAUCAAUUGGAUACCAGGAUACUUAGGACCCUAUCCAUACGACGUGUCGAAAUGCAACUCUGAAAUUCACGACGCCCCAGGUGGAGAUAUCGUAAGGGUUACUUCGAACGACAAUUGUAUCAAUAUCUACCCCCAAGUUAAUUGUACGGGAUGGUUCAUUCGGUUUAACUAUGGUCGUUACCCAUCCUACCAACCUCAAAUUUAUCCAUGGGAUGGGGACAAGUUGAGAAAUUCUACGCUACAAGUUGGCUCCGUGGGACCUUGUUUUGAUAAAUGUGACGAAAGAAAUUGGCAAGGGGAUAGGAAGGAGGUGGUGCAGGUCACGCUUUAUGACGAUUCGGAGUUUAAAGGUUUCAGGAAAGAAACAGUUUCUGAUUUUUUACAGAAUAUUUGCAUUUAAAUUAAUCGUACUCAUUUCCUCCCUGGGCGGAGCAUGCGUUUAUAAAAGGCAUAUACAUAUUCAUCACGCCAGAACUCCAGAACUCCCUUCUAGUGUUUUGUAUAAACCGAAUUCCUAAAAUUUAUGAUUGAAGAUCCAAAAAUUAAAUAAAAAUCAAAAAUUGACUGAUAUCGAUUUAAAGAGGACUGAAUAAGUAACACAACAAAGUCAAACAAAUGCCUGUAAAAUCACAAUUGCUGUUUGAAAUUAUCUAAUUUUUGCAUAUGUGUAUUAUCAAGUAUUCACGCCCAUAAUUUACUUUGUGGUUAAGGAUCCUACACCACCGUUGGCCACCAAUUUAAUUCCUUUCAUUACAUUUUCGAUUAAAUUUUUCUUCUCCGUUUUUCCAACUUCCCGACUAAUUUUCUUCCACAUUCUUUUGAAUAUUGAAGAAAUGCCAUUAUUAUCUUAAAGUGUAGUACAUUGAGAGUUGGAAAGCGUUCAAAUUUUUUAAAUGGGACGCAAAUGAAGUACAUUUGGUGUGCGUUCAACAUUCGUCCUAUCUUAAUACGGCUUUGUUGAGUGCGGCAUUUUUUGGGAAAUUUAUCUUUUUUUAUUAUUUUUUCUUCAUAAUGGACAUCUGCAGGGUUGACGCAAUGGUAAAAAUGCCGUGCUGCAGUAUUUGAUGCAUCAACCGGAACGUACGACUCGUCAUCAUUGAUGACGAUUUUUUCACGCAUUUUCUUAAUCAAUGUGGAGCAGCAUUCAUUGAUUCGAUUUGCUUGGUCGGGCUUAUUAUUCAUGGUAGGUUUUUUUGUUCUCACUUUGAUGCCUAACUUGUGGAGUUUAAUUGUACACAAAUAGCUAGGGGAAAUAUUAAUUUCCUUAGCAGCUGCAGCUAGGGUUGUGGAUGGACGGGUUUCGAAAAAAAAUUUAAUCCGAUUUUUGACUCGAGGGGUCGAUCUCUUGAUUGGGUGACCAUUUAGCUUCUUAUAAGUACUGCACAUUUUCGGAAUCCUUGUACUUUUUUAUGUAGGAAUACACCCUUGACCUUGAAAUCCCUUCUCCUUCAAAAUGAUGCCAGGUAUAUUUAGAAACUCUGUUUGCCGUGUUUCUGUAGAACUCGAUCACUCUUUUUGCUGACGCCUCCCAUUGAAUUCGUUUUUAUGAGCACCUAACCAUGUUCGAUACACAUGUGUGAUAUACCGUUCGUAACCUAGUGAAUUGGUGUACUUAAUUGUGGUUUUUAUUUUUAAAAAAUUGCCGCCAGUUUUCUCCCUAUGCCUCGGGAAUGACUUGUUGUCUUACUUAUUCAGUGCUCUUUAUUUGUUUUUAAAAAUAAGCACAAUUACCCACAAGCCCUACAUUUAAACAUUUGGUUGCUGUUUGAGUAUACGAUAAUAAAAAAAUAAGGAGACGUAUAAAAAA